CAUUGUAAACAUUUCAAUGGAUGAUAUAUACAUAUUGAUUUAAUAAAGUUCACUAGUAAUAGAAUAGACGGAUUACUCAAUAAAGAAAACAUAUAUAAAUGAAAUAUCUAAUCUAUUGUCAUUUAAAUCUUAAAGUAUACUAACCUUACAAAGAAUGAGAAAAUCUAUGGCAAUGAAAUAUACAAUACUUCUUUUAGUUAUACUUCAAAUGAUAUCUAUUAGGUCACAAGAUACACAGUCUAAAGAUAAAUCAAACAGUGACAAUUCCAGAUCACGUAAUUUAUACUUGGGUGUAGUGAUAGUGGUUAUAUUUGGUGUUUGUUUAUUGAUCAUAAUUAUUAUUGCAAUUAUUUGUUUUCGUGAACAUAAACAACCAAUCAUUGAUCCAGUAACAGUAAUUCAAGCUAUGUAAACAAUGUGUAUCAUUACAAACUUUCAUAUUUUAAAGAAUGCUGUUAUUACUAUUAUUAUUGUAAACAUUUUCUUUAUUCUAUCAUAACAUUGACUUAUCUAAUAUGUAUAUAAUUCGUCUUACUUUAUUUUUAUUCUGGUUAGUAUUUUUUGUUAGCAAGAUUUUAUUUUCUCUACAGGAUGGGGUUGCCAACCACAUAUCCAACCUUCCUAGUUUAUCUGGGCUUUGGAUUGGUAGUCACUUUAGAAGAGUUACAGGUGGAGUUUAUCUAAUAUCUAUUACAAGACAAAAUAAUAAAAGAAGAUAAAUUAGACAUAUUAUAGAUGAAAUAAACUAUUCUUAUCAAGAUAUCGUUUUUUUUUUCAUUUUGGUGAACUUUUCACUGAACCAAUCUUUCUUAAUUGGUAUAUUUCGUUUAGUUACUAUUUUGUUGAUCAGUAGUAUAUGAGUAAAUCAUAAAAAAUAAAGUAUACAUAUAUUUGGUUUUUUAUAAAUAUUGUUGAAUGUUUUCAAAAUGUAGUUUUCGUUAAUGAAAUGAGAAGACGAAGGUUAUUAGAAUUAUGUAAU